AUGGAAUUCCAGCGCCUGGAGAGGAAGCUGCGCCAGAUGAAGGGGUUGUUUUUGUGGGGCCUGGAGAGGAAGCUGCGCCAGAUGAAGGGGCAUGUACCACCUGAACCAGGUGAAGCUGACUACAACCUGGACGUGCUCCGGCAGCUGGACAUAGAGAAUUCCACGCUGCGAUCCCUGCAGAAACGGAAAAUCAACCGGUUCAGGACCACCCUGGAGCUGCUGAAGGACAAAAUGGCCAAGCAGGAGGCGAAAUUCCAGGAGGAAAAGCAGAGCCUGGAGCUGGAGCUGGAGCGCGUGGUGGGGCAGUUCCAGGAGACGCGGGACAGGAUGAGGCACCUGGCGCGCAGCCGCGUCGAUCGCUUCCGGCAGGUCUGGAUCGUGAACGAGGAGGAGGCCAAGGCGUUGAUCCGGGAGGUUCUGGACGCCGAUCGGAUCAUCCACGUGCAGCAGCUGGGAAUGCCGUGGGAAGAGCCCCGGUUGUGGUUCAUGGACAACGUGGGACCCCUGGGAGACGUCCGGGAGAAGAGGGAGGCCAUGGAGUUGGCCACGAAGCUCCUGGAAGGGAACAAGCCUGGAAAAGCGGAGCAGGAAGGGAGGAAGAGUGGGAGGAAAGGAGCCCAGAGCGGCGAGGGAGGGAAGGAAAACCAGGAAAAGAGGGACGACAGAAUCACAUCCCGGCCAGGAAUUCCCCAGCAAAACGCUCCGGAGAAUCCUGGAGGUCAUGAGCGAGGAAUCGGGCCCUCCACAUCGAGGACGAGGACGAGCUGCGCGCCCUCGUGGAUUUUUUCCUGGACUACGAAACCCACCACGCGCCCAGGAUCCCGGUAG